AUGAAAACAACAAAACUAUUGGGCCACCAUUCAUAUACGAAAGCUCAAAAAUCCUUAUUCUAUUUGUCACGGCCCCAGCAAUCCCGUCGAUUCAGCUUCUUUAGCCAAGACCGGACGAGUCGAUUGCUGGAUCGCCGUCUUGCUGGACUUGGCCAUCUUAUUAAAGACGAAUAUGCUAAUAUCCGACAUUCAUAUUGUUUUGACGAACUUCGAAUCGCAAAACGAGCUUUGCCAGCCAUACAUUACUGGAGAGGGAUCAAAGAUGCCUACUCUAUUAAUGGUGUGGAAGUCAUCACCGCUCCUGUUUCUCCGUCCGCCUCCAUUGAACAGCGGGCAGAAGAGCUGUUGCAAGGAAUUGAAAACAGGGCGGAAGGCAGAAAGGUUAAUAUUAUUGCGGACUUCACGUUAAGUGGACUAGAUGCCAGGUAUAUGAUCAGUAAACUACGACCAACGACAUUCGAAGUCGUCUCAUUGACAACCAUAGCUACGCCCCACCGAGAGGAGCGUCUUUCCCAGCUCUACUUUAUACUUGGCCGCCUAGGGUUGGAAAAUGGAGCAUUCAAGCAACUCACCCGGGAAUAUCUCGCCCACACAUUCAACCCUGAUGUUAUGAAUGUGGAUGAUGUCAAGUAUAAGCUAACGAAUGCGGUACCAGAUGCUUCUCCAGUUCAACUUGCUGAUAUAAACCUAGGUAUUAUUCACAACGAAGAAGGCCCGAACGAUGGCCUCGUGAGCGUUGCAAGUAGCAAAUGGGGUUGCUACAAAGGUACGCUAGUUGACGUCAGUCAUAUUGACUUAAUCAAUUGGACAAAUCGCCUUAAGUGGUUUGCUGCAGAGAUAACUGGAAAUAGAAAGAAGUAA